UCCUCCUCCUCCUCCUGCAGCACAUGGGAAGCAAAAACUUUCUCUCCUCCUCCGCAGGGUCCCCCCGGCAGCCCCCCGCCGCCUCCCGGGCCGGACCCCGCGGCGGUUCGCAGCUGAAGGAUGCGGCUCUGCUCGGCCAGCGGCGGUCGCCUGCGCUCCUCUCCCCCGGGCGAUGAGGAAUAACCCGCUUUUGGAGCAUCCUCUGCUGCUUUGAGGGCUGGGGAGGAGCGGAUUGAGACUUGGAUCGAACCUGGCAGAGGGUAACCGAAGGGAUUUGUGGAGGAAAGGAGCUGUUUGCAGGGAAAAAAAAAUAUAUAUAUAUAUAAAAACAGAUGCUGUAGCAACACCAGGGAGGCAGCGCUGCAUUGCUUUGCUUCAGCCCCAUCAUGGGCACGGGCAUGUGCUCGAGGAGGCAGAAGGGGCUCCUGCAGACUGGGUUUUGCCUGCUGGCCGUGGUGUGCUUAGGUUCGGGAGUUUUCCUGUACCAUCACUUGCAGCAGAAGGUGAGGAGCGCUGAAGCCCUGGCCCAGAAAUACAAGCAGCAGCAGGAAGCGCUGUCUGCCCAGCUCCAAGUGGUGUACGAGCACAGAUCCCGGCUGGAGCGAUCCUUGCAGAAGGAGCGAGGGGAGCACAAGAAGACGAAGGAAGAUUUUUUAGUCUAUAAAUUAGAAGCUCAGGAAGCUCUCAACAAAGAGAAGCAAGACUCUAUGAACAGAUAUGGGGCCCUCAGUUCCCAGCACAAGAUCUUGAAGAACCAGCAUGAGGAUGUCAAGAAGCAGUUGCUUGACCUGCAGCUGCAGCACAACAGCUUGAAACUGGAACAUCGUAAGACACUGGAGACCCACAACCAGAAGUACGCCCAGCUGCAGCAGGAGAAGGAUAAUGAAGUCACGAACUUGCAGGAUACAGUCUUUAAACUCAGAGAAGAGAGCAAGCUUCUUCGCAAGGCCCACCAGGAAGUUCACUCCCAGCUCCUUAACGCCCAGACCCAGAUGGAAGAGUUCAGGCAGCUCAAGGAAGCUCUGCAGAAGAUGCCAAGCUUCAAAGGAGGAGGAGGAGGAGGAGGAGGGAAGGGGCAGCAGCAGCUCCAGGUUCUGAAGGAGCAGCCCCUGGGGCCAGGCAGCAGCCAGCUGCAGCUCAUGAGGCAGAAGGCUUUUCCAGUCAAUCUGGAGAAUCGCCCAGCUGGGAGCCUGCUGGCAUCGCAGGUCUCUGGGAUGCGGAAGCAGGCAGAUGGUCCUCUGCUGCCGGGCCAGAGCUCCUACAGUAACAACAGCCCCAGGUCACAGGGGAACAUGCUUGUUACCCACCAGGCCCCUCUGCAAGAUGCCAAUUUGCCGCCGGAGGCUCUGCCAGCCUGGCCAGCAGGACACGGGGACAGCCACGUCAUCCGAUUCACCCGGACCGUGAACAGCCUGCCGAACGGGAACCCAGAUGUAAAGAUGGUGAUGCGCAUUCACGUGAACAGCCACGAGGAAGGCCAGGCUCCUGCAUUGUCACUGUCUGAUCGGAAACAACCCUCUGCAGCAGAGAAGCCCAAGAUGCCAGACAACCACCACUCAACAGGGAGCAAACAAGUGCAAAUGCAAAGCUGGAAGGACAUAGUCAACAAAGUGAAUGCCCAGAUGGAUGGUGCCCAAGUGCACAGUUACCCCGAGAGCCUUCACCUUGACCCCAGGCCUGGGCAAGAGGCUCAGAAGGGCAGCUCACAGCCACCGGGUCAGAAGAGAGUAGCAGAGCAUCAAACAGCUGACCGGGAAGACGAGAAGGAGAAGACAGAUAAUGAAGAGCUAGAAAUGGAUGCAGGAAUGAUUGAGAGGGAGAACUUGCACUCUCAGAAAGAGACUGUUGUCCAGGAGCCCAUGAUGCCAGAUGAUGCUGCAGAUCCUGCCCAGGAUCCCAAUAACCAAGGUGAGGAUGAGUUUGAGGAGGCUGAACUGGAGAGACCUGACUUUGAAGAGAAGGUGGGAGGUUUGGAGAAGUUCAAGGAACCCAGCGUGAAAGAAGAGUCUAAGGAGAAGCCACUGAAGGAUGCUGGCAGACCUGCCAAGCCCAGGGAGGACCCAAUGGAUGACUAUCAAGAAGAUCAGGAGCAAGAAAUUGUACGACACCAAGGAGGAUCACGGCGGUGAGGUGGAUGACAACGACGACCUGGAACUCGUCCAAGAGCGGAAGGACCAUGCGGGCAUCCAGGGAGCUGAUGGCAAGAAGGAUGACUACUACUGAGAGAUGCUGAAGGAAGAUGGAUGCGCUAGGAGUGAGGGGACAAGAACUCCUCCCAGGAACUGGCUCCUGUACUAAGCAGAGCCCAGAACAAAGGCAGGAGGAGACGGCUGCCUUGGCAGGCACUGAGCAAGGUGCUUGCAGGUGUGCGUUGCAUCUACGUGCGUGGGGCCACUCCUGCUUCUCUGGUCGAUAGCAUGGAAGUGCUCUCAGACUGUAGGAAUGAUUUUAUCCUGCUGCUUCUUUUAGAAGCAUGUGUUGAUUUAUCAAGUUCUUCACCCUCUUGUUUUCCCCAUCCCCUCUCUAGCUGGAGAAUGUUUCUUUUUUUUUUUUUUUUUUACUGCCUGGGCAGGGGGAGGGAUGCAGGACUAUAAAAGGGUGCCUGAGCUGGUCCCUGGACUUACUUGACUGGUUGCUAAUACAAAGGAAUCUGUCUUCAUAAAA